AUGAGCUCUCGAAGACAGGCCCGACGGGCCCGAGAGGCUGUAAGUGCCUCAGCGGCCAGCCAGGGGGUAGGCCUGGACAGUGGCGCUAAGUUGAACUAUGAGUAUAUGGUGAAUAUUGACGGCAUACUGAGGAAUCUAAGAGAAUCUUUGGAGGAGAAUAGGAGGAUGCAGAGAAGGUUGGAAGAACAUAAUAGAAUUCUCGUGGACUUUAUGAACGAAGAGGACCUGUCAACUCGACGGAAACCGAAAAGAUGGUAUCAUUCGCUGAGGCCUGAUUGCAUCGAUAGCGAUCGGAGCCUUCCUCCAACUUUGGUAGAGGCCUACGAGAGGGACAUGAGAGCUGCUGCCUUAAGGCCCAUCAGUGCCACUCGACCUUUGUCACGGGAAGAGAAGGAGGACCGUGAAGGCGUCGAAUGGGCUGUAGUGGAGUCAGUUAAGGAGGGCCUGUUGGAGUCGAUAUUGAACAGUAGUGGAAAUGGUGAAGAGUGUUCACCCGAAGUGCGGGAGAAAAUUCACCAGAUGGUCGGAUCGUGUAACGACUACAAUGAAGUUGAAGAGUUGGCAACUGAUAUGAGCAUCGUAGUGGAGAUAGAUUGGCACCGAGUGUACGAGCUGUUGGUGGGCAGAAUUGGCAAGCAGUCCCUUGAAUGGCGUCAUUGUCGAACCCCAGCCUGCGCGAGAGCCCUAUGGCAACACCAUUUGGCCCCUGGCAUCAACACCUCGGAAUUCACUAAGGAGGAGGACCUUCGUCUCUACUACAUCGCUGAGGCCCAUCACGGUUGGGACUGGCCAGCAAUCGCAGCCGAGUUGGGGACCAACCGCACGCCCUGUAUGUGCUUCCAGAGAUAUUCCCGGAGUCUAGAUGCUAAGAUGAUCCCUAGGAACUUCACUGAAGAGCAGGACGUACUGCUUAUGAAACUGGCUGAGCGUCACGGCCCAGGGUGUUGGAAUGAAAUUGCCUAUCAAAUGGGUACUGGUCACCAGGGCCCUCAAAUACGGCAUCGCUAUAAGUAUUUAUCAGCUAGGAGUAACCGCGGCCUGGGGGCAGUGUGGAGCCCUGAGGAGAAUAAGAGGUUGAAAAUGGCGGUCAAAAUGUUGGGAGAACCGGAAAACAUAGAUUGGACUGUGGUGGCUCAGCUGAUCCCGAAUCGAUCGAAUACAUCUUGCCGCGAACGGUAUGAGAAGAUUUCCCAGGAGUCGUUGGGGUACGACCAGGACCCGUGGACGGAGGAAGAGUCGGAGCUCCUGAAGGCCCUUGUCGCGGAGUUGGGCCCUAGGUGGUCCCUCAUCAGCCAGAGGUUCACUAGAAGAUCGGACAAUUUCCUCAUGCGGAGGUGGAAUGAGAUUGGGGACGCAGAUGAGGUUCGUAAAUUCAAACAGGACAGAGUGGCGAUGAAGGCGAUUAUGCGAGGAGGGCUGAACCCGGACGAGCGGCCUGAAAUAUCCCCUAGUGAUUUCCAAUUGCUCCACGAUGCCAAUGAGGAGCCUUCGGACACUCGUCCUCGAAAACGAGCACGGCGGCAAGUUCGAGGGAAGAAGAAACCUGGAGGUGACUCGGUUGGUGACUCGGUGGUGACUCGGGAGGUGGGGAAGGAGUGGUAG